GACUAUGGUCACUGACAGGCAAAUGGAGUUCAUAUUCAACUCUGAGGCAUCACAAGCUAGCUUUGAGGAUAGAAAGUGCAAAGAGACUUGAUUCGGGAAGUUAACUUCUACAUUCUCGACUGUGAUUGGCUUGAAGUCUUUGUACUCAGCAAUGUGUGCACUUUGGAUCUUCAUAUGAAUCCUGGUGCGCCAUUGCUGUCUACAAGAAAGAGUUCAUCAUUUGGUUCUCUAUAUGCAAAUCCAUCAUUCUCUUCUUCUCUUUUAGUUGAAGCACAAACUGAUGUUUUCUAUGUGAAGGAGGGCAACAAAGUCCUGUCUAUUCCUGAUUCAGCCCAAUGGAGCUUCAGCCUAAUUCAACAACGUUCGAAAUUUCUGGGGCUUCAUUACGAGUUGGGGAUAAGUUAAAUAAAUCUCUCAGGGUUCGUCACAAAAGCAUGCAGCUUGAAGAAAAUACAUCACUUGAAUCAAAUCACAGACUGAUUUAUGUUAACGAUCCCAGGAAAACUAAUGACAAGUACGAGUUUUCUGGAAACGAGAUUAGAACAAGCAAGUACACCUUCAUUAACUUCUUACCAAAGAACCUCUUCAUUCAGUUUCAUCGCGUGGCUUAUUUGUAUUUCUUAGCUAUAGCUGCACUGAAUCAGCUUCCUCCUCUUGCUGUCUUCGGGAGAACAGUCUCUCUUUUUCCUCUUUUAUUUGUUCUGUGCGUGACAGCUAUCAAAGAUGGUUAUGAGGAUUGGAGGAGGCAUAGAUCCGAUCGCAAUGAAAAUAACCGGGAGUCUCUUGUACUUCAUGCUGGAAAUUUUGAACGAAAAGAAUGGAAAAAAAUGCGGGCAGGAGAGGUUGUAAAGAUUUAUGCGAAUGAAACACUGCCUUGUGAUAUGGUUUUACUGGGAACAAGUGAUAUUAAUGGUAUUGCUUACAUCCAAACGAUGAAUCUUGAUGGUGAGUCAAAUUUGAAGACUAGAUAUGCCAGGCAAGAGACAACCUCAAUGCUACUUGAAGGAGAAAAGAUACAAACAGGUCUAAUCAGAUGUGAGCAGCCAAACAGGAAUAUAUAUGAAUUUACAGCUAACAUGGAGUAUAAUGAGCAAAGAUUCCCCCUAAACCAAUCCAACAUCAUAUUGCGUGGUUGUCAGCUGAAGAACACUGAAUGGGCGGUUGGGGUUGUGGUUUAUGCUGGACAAGAAACUAAAGCGAUGAUGAACAGUGCCAUGUCACCUUCAAAGAGAAGCAGAUUGGAAAGUUACAUGAAUAGGGAAACAUUAUGGUUGUCUACUUUCCUCCUUACCAUGUGUUUGGUGGUUGCUCUUGGAAUGGGUCUCUGGCUGCAGAGGAAUAAGGAACAGCUUGAUGAACUACCUUAUUACAGGAACAGAUAUUUUGAAAAAGGAAUAUCUAUUGGUAGACUUUAUAAGUACUAUGGAAUUCCAAUGGAAACAUUUUUCUCGUUUUUGAGUUCUAUUAUAGUCUUCCAGAUAAUGAUUCCAAUUUCUCUGUAUAUCACAAUGGAGUUGGUUCGUUUGGGGCAAUCAUACUUCAUGAUUGGUGACAAGUAUAUGUAUGAUAGUAGCAGUGGUUCAAGGUUUCAAUGCCGGUCUUUGAAUAUAAAUGAAGAUUUAGGUCAAAUACGAUAUGUGUUUUCUGAUAAGACGGGAACACUGACUGAAAACAAAAUGGAGUUUCGAAGAGCUAGCUUGUAUGGGAAAAAUUAUUGCAGGUCAUUUCCACAAGACGAUGGUUUGCGGCGUGUGGAUAGUUCUGCAUCUAAACCAAUUAGCCUAUCUCAACGGAGGUGGAAGCUUAAGUCUGAAGUUCCAGUUGAUUCUGAACUCCUGACAUUGUUGCAUGAAGACAUAGUUGGAGAUGAAAGGAUUGCUGCACAUGAGUUUUUUCUUACAUUAGCAGCAUGCAACACUGUGAUCCCCAUUCUUAGUCGAACAUCAUCUUCAGAUUGCUUGUCAGAUCAAUUACUUGAGGUUGAAGCCAUUGAUUAUCAGGGUGAAUCCCCAGAUGAACAAGCUCUGGUUACUGCAGCUUCUGCAUAUGGAUACACUCUUUUUGAACGUACAUCUGGCCAUAUUGCAAUUGAUGUCAAUGGUGAGAGACUAAGGUUGGAUGUUUUGGGUCUGCAUGAAUUCGAUAGUGUGCGGAAAAGAAUGUCUGUUGUCAUCAGAUUUCCCAAUGGCUCUGUCAAGGUGCUGGUUAAAGGUGCUGACAGUUCAAUGUUGUGCAUCCUAAGGAUGCGUAAUGAAAAGGAUGAGCAUGUAAAUCAAGCAACAAAAGGCCAUUUGACAGAAUAUUCAUCUGUAGGGUUGCGAACUCUCGUUAUUGCUUCCAGAGAUCUUACUGAUGCAGAGCUUGAGAAAUGGCAAAUCAUGUAUGAAGAUGCAAGCACCUCUUUAACUGAUAGGUCAAGUAAACUUCGCCAAACAGCAGCUCUAAUAGAGUGUGAUUUACAUCUACUUGGAGCUACUGGAGUGGAGGAUAAGCUGCAAGAAGGUGUACCUGAAACCAUUGAAUCCUUACGGCAAGCUGGAAUGAAGGUUUGGGUUCUUACUGGAGAUAAACAAGAGACAGCCAUUUCUAUUGGUCUUUCUUGCAAGCUCCUCACACCAGAUAUGCAGCAAAUCAUAAUAAAUGGCACGUCAGAAGUAGAAUGCAGAAAAUUACUGUUGGAUGCUAAGUUAAAAUAUGAAGCGGAAUUCAAUGAUGGUAAUCAUUGGAAAGUUGAAUUGAGAAAAACUGCCGAAAGUGAAUUCCUUGGGCUUCCCAACAGCGAUAACUCCCCAAAUUUACCAAUGUGGAACUCAGAAGAGGAAGGACCUGGCAGUACUUCAUUUGCGCUUAUAAUUGAUGGAAACAGCCUGGUGUACAUAUUGGAGAAAGAUUUGGAAUCUAAGCUAUAUGACCUUGCAACUUCAUGUAAGGUUGUUCUUUGCUGCCGUGUUGCACCGUUACAAAAGGCUGGAAUUGUUGAUCUCGUAAAGAGCCGAACUGAUGAUAUGACGCUGGCGAUAGGUGAUGGAGCAAAUGAUGUUUCUAUGAUUCAAAUGGCUGAUGUUGGUAUUGGGAUAUGUGGUCAAGAAGGACGUCAAGCGGUGAUGGCCUCAGAUUUUGCUAUGGGACAGUUUCGGUUUCUAAAAAGAUUACUUUUGGUGCAUGGACACUGGAAUUAUCAGCGCAUUGGUUAUCUGGUCCUUUACAACUUCUAUAGGAAUGCAGUCUUUGUCUUGAUGCUCUUCUGGUAUGUAUUGACAACAGCAUUCUCAACAACUUCUGCAUUAACAGAUUGGAGUAGUGUAUUGUAUUCAGUUAUAUAUACUUCAGUACCGACAGUUAUGGUUGGCAUUCUAGACAAGGACCUGAGCCAUAAGACACUACUUCGGAAUCCAAAACUAUAUGGUGCUGGUCACAGACAAGAGAGUUACAAUAUGUACCUUUUUUGGAUCACAAUGUUAGACACACUCUGGCAAAGCCUUGUUCUCUUCUACGUUCCUUUACUCAUAUAUAAGGACACCACAAUUGACAUAUGGAGUAUUGGUAGCUUGUGGACUAUUGCAGUUGUAAUCCUAGUAAACAUGCAUUUGGCAAUGGAUAUCCAACGGUGGUUAUUAUUGACUCAUUUUGCUGUAUGGGGAUCUAUCGUCAUUACGUAUGCUUGUGUUGUCGCGUUGGAUACCAUACCCCGACUCCCCAAUUACUGGACAAUAUUUCAUCUGGCACAGUCUCCAACUUACUGGAUUACGAUCCUUCUAAUCAUAGUCUUAGCAUUGCUCCCUCGCUUUAUUUUCAAGGUUGUACAACAAAUGUUUUGGCCUUCGGAUAUUCAAAUAGCCAGAGAAGCAGAAAUUCUUCGGAAGCAACCCAAUUCCCUUUGGUCGAAAACAAUUCAAGGUUCUGGUUAAUUGUUUAUGCUACAUUUGUCUUUCUGUGUCCACAGUUCAAUGGAUAUUCCGAAAGACCUAUAGAUGUGCCUUCUCCUCCUGCAAAGUUGAAUUGCAACCAUUUAUCGACAUUGAGGAAAUACUACAAGGGAAAUGAAACUCGACAAAGAAUGACUUAAAGGGGAUGUAUAUGAGGAUUAUACUUAUAUAUAUAUAUAAAUAUUUUUUAUUAUCAUAUUAUUAUUGUGAAGUCUGAUUUUUAUGGAGUGUUAGUAUUUGAUUUGUGUGUUAUAAUAGUAUUGAUGAUAAACCAGCUGAAGGGAGAAGGGGCUUAGAAGAAAAGAGGGAAGAGGUCUCUUUGUAUAGAAUUAGUAGUAAAUUCCAGUUAUGACCCUAUCCUGUAUCCAUUUCCUGUAAAGAAAACGAAUUGACAUAAAUGGAAAUACUUCCAGUUCCAGGGAUAAUUUUGUGAUACAUCUCAAUUUGUUAUUUUUUCAAUACAUAUUUCAUUCAGUUUGUGUUA